AUGCCGAGAAAAGCCCAAACGUGGGAUGAUUACGACUCGGCUGUAGCUCAGAUCAUCCUCGCGCCCUCCGACUCGGAUUUCCUCGAUCAACUGAUACCAGUGUUGAAAGAUGCGACAACGAGCAGCCGAAUCGGAUCCCUCGCCCAGAGCUUGUCGCAGUAUGCCGAGGACCGCGAAGGCGACAUCGAGCAGAUCGGGUUGACGAAGCAUGAGGAGUUCCUGGGAUCCGUCAAUCAACUACAAAAGGUGCGCGAGGGUACUGUGGCUUUGACAGCCGAAAUCUUGGACCUCAACCAGUCCAUCCAGGCCAGCACCGAGAAGUUGGCCGAGCAAAAGCAGGCGCUGGUCAACACGCGCGGGGUCAGGCAGAAUAUCACGGAUGUAUCAAACGCUCUGGAGGAAUCGCUCAAGAUAUUGCGCGCUGUCAAUAAUGCGCACGAACUUAUUCGGAAGAAGGAAUAUCAUCGUGCCCUCAAGUCGUUGGAGGACCUGCAGAACGAACACUUGAUCCCCACCAUCCAGAACAAGUAUGCGACCCAGUACAAGCUUGCCGACAUGAUUCAACGGUCUAUCCCGGCAUCUCAAAAGACGAUUUCCGAGUCCGUCAUGGCAGAUUUGAACAAGUGGUUUCUGGAGGUUCGAGAAAAGUCCCAACUUCUUGGCGAGAUUGCCUUCUUCGCGACACAGCAGCGACGGGAGAGGCAAAAGAAGCGCGCCGAAGUCAAUGAAUAUCUGAAGAAUUUCAAGUUGAAUUCUGCCAUCGAGCUGGUCUUUGAUGAAAGUAAUGAGUUUGACGUAAUCGACAACGAGGAGAACCAGAUUGACUUCACCCCGUUACACAAAGCCUUGCAUACCCACGAUGCCCUCGGUCAAGUCGACAAGUUCCGUGUAGAGUAUGCAGCAACGAGACGACAACAAAAGGAUCUGAUAAUGCCCUCAAGUUCCGAAAACAUCUUUGCCGGGGGUGACGACGAGACCUUGAUGGGACUUUUGGAGAACAUUGCUGGAUUUGCCAUUAUUGAGAAGGCGACCGUGAUGCGAGCACCCUCAAUAAGAUCAACAAUUGGUCUCUGGGAUUCCAUGUGCCAAACCGCUAUACGAGUGAUCGCCAAGUCGUUACAGGAGGUCAACGAUGCAGAUUUGCUGGUCAAAAUCAAGAUGAACAUUGCUCUUUUCAUUGAGACCAUGGAGCUCACCCUAUUCUACAAAUACGCUGAGCUUCUCCGCCGUCGCUUCGGCGAGGACUUCCAAGAGGUAAGCCCGCUUUUCGUCAUCGUGUCCACGGACGAUUACAUGCCUAUGGCAAUCAACACACGCGACGAAUACCAAAAGGUCGUCGACGUGACCUGGUUUGUUGACGACAAACCAGAAGAAGAGCUUGUGUACGUAUCCCGACCCUUCCCUUGCGUGCUGCCAUUCUCACAGAUGUAUCCCUUGUGCUGCAUAGAUAUUAGGAAUCUGUUGAAUCAGUUCUUGAUUUUUACAUCGGAGCACUUUCACAACCCGAAUGUGGUUGAUGAGACGCUACGGAAGUCUCUCGAUGAGCUUUUGACCGAUAUCGUAUGCCAGUCUCUUGUUGAACGGCUGAACUCGCAGUAUCUAGGACAGAUCGUGCAGAUUUUGAUCAACCUCGAGCACUUUGAGACAGCCUGCCAGGUACUGGAGCAGAUCCUGAUCCGGGAACGAUCAUCCACAUCGGCUGGUGGACCGAUCACACUCAAGGCGACUGAGGCGUUCAGAAGCAACAAGAAAGCCGCUGAAAAGCGCAUCUUUGAGCUCGUCAACUCCAAAAUCGAUGACUUGGUGGACACCUCGGACUAUGACUGGACAGCCACAACCCCGCCCAAGGAGACGAGCAAUUACAUGCAGACAUUGACUAGGUACCUGUCUAACAUUAUGAACUCGACUUUGCUGGGUCUUCCGAGGGAGAUCAAGGAGCUCAUUUACUUUGAUGCGUUGAGUCAUGCGGCAAAUAAGAUCUUGGCCCUGCCAUUAUCUCCCGACGUCAAAAAGAUCAACCCCAAUGGCGUGGCUGCCAUGGCCUUGGACGUCCAGCACCUCUCAAAAUUCGUCGGGGGCCUUGAGAACGCGUUCAUGCUGGAGCAGAACCUGGACGAGCUGCAGCAGACGGUGGCGCUCAUGCAGACGGAGAACCACGACGAGUUCUUUGAUAUUUCCAUCCGCAACAAGAAGUUUGGUCGGGUGGAUGCCAUGAAUGGACCUAUCUUGUUGGAGAAGCUCACCCAAACAGUCGACGCCCCAGCUCGCACAGCGCCGCUUGCUAACUUCAGCUCGCGUUUCGGGCUGAGGUGA